AUGGAAUUCGACAAUCUGACCGACCAAAGUAUUGUCUUCAGAAAACUCAAAGCAAUAUCUGAGAACAAGUGCGAAGAAUCCGACAUGGGCAUCGAUCACUUACGGGAUUUUUCUCUGCAUCGAUUGUUCAUCUGCCCAUCGAAAUCUCAGGUGUUCAUAUCAGCUUCGUCAGCUUCGUCCGAUAUAUACGAUUAUGCUCAUAAAUCUGACAUUAUUAUAUCCAUCGACCAGAUAGCAUUUUCAAACGGGUCAACGAGUUUAGACUCAUGGAGGCCUGAGCAGCUCAUGGCUAUGAUGUUCGGUGGCAACAACCGCGCUCAGGUGUUCUUCAAGCAACAUGGAUGGAUUGAUGGUAGUAACUACUACAUCUUUGAGGCUAAGUACACUUCAAGAGCUGCUUAUUUGUAUAGGCAGGUUCUUGCUAAUGAAGUUGCUAAAGCCAUGGCAGAAGAAACUACUACCGGUCUACCGUCGUCUCCUCUUGCUACUUCUGAGCCGUUUGAAGAAUCAGAUGACGCAAGGAAGUUGUUCCCAAACGCAAAGUCCAUAUCCUCUGCUCAGUUUCCAGGGUCUUGUGAUCUUGAAUCGAAAGACAAGUCCUUGGUGCAGAAGCUUGGAACUUUGGCCUCUGCUAUCUUUGGCGGUCAUCGACAAUGUUCGUCCACCACCAAGGAGUCAAGCGAACGCCUUGCUAUUUAUGCCCUCCGUAGGGAGGUGACAGACUUAAUGCAGAGAUUUCGAAGCCAAGAUGCUGAUGCCCUCCCUUUUACCACCUGUUCGGAUUGGAUCGCCCAAGUUCUGGACAGAAGGGCACGCGCCAUUGUAGGGGUUAAGAGGGACCCACACCUACAAACCAUGCUUGAGAUCCUUUGCAGGGAUCUGAUAGACUUAUCGGACGAAACAAAGAUUGGAUUGAUGGAACAUCAUUACCAGGCACAACGACAUAACAUGCAGCGAGGAAACAUUCCGACGUUUCAAGACUCUGAAACCAUGGCAAAGUAG